UUUUUUGUUAAAUUAAAUAUUAUUGUGUUAAACCUUUUUGGUGGAACGGAAUUGGAGUUUCUAAUUGAAGAUCACCGCCUCUACUGACAACUUGAAGAAAACUGUCAUCUCAUUCUUUUGAGAAGAUGUAGUGUUUCAUAUUCAUCUUUCUGAAGAACUAUUACAUCCAGGGAUCCAGUCCAAAACCAUGCUAACAAAAAGAGAGCACAAAGAACAAUUAUGAUCAGACAUCGAAAGUUCUAGAGGAAUUCAAAGUUUUUUUACAAUUAUGAGAAUUCUAGAAAGUUCUAAAAGAAAACGAAGUUGUAUAGGAAUGUUCUAGAAGACUUAGUUCAAGAUGUCGACGAGUAAUGAGCUGAGCGACUUGGAGACGCCGAAGCUUCGUAUGAAGCCGGCCGUCAGUAGGAUAUUCUGCUGCAGUGUUACCGCUGCUUCUGGUUUUGUUGCAGCAUAUGCUUUGGUGGCGUAUGCGAUCGCCUUGAUAUACGAGAUAGUAUGGGUGGUGGAGUCCCAGAGCGGGCUGCCGUUAGCAUCCGCACUGCUGAUGGUGUGUUACUGCAUCGUCAUCGCCGCCACCGUCGUCUUGGUGCACGGACUUAUUUCCAAAAACAACAGAUGCCUGCUGGCUUGGUUGAUAGCAGUCAUACUAGUUCUCAUACCAGAAUGCGCUCUAGUCUUUUACAUGUCUAUUAGUCAUUGGGGUCUACAAGGAGUGUACGGCGGCGCCGAGUUGGCGUGUUACGUGGCCCGUCUGCCAGCCAUUGUGUGUGGAGUCGUGCUCGUACAAUCAGCGUAUGCACUUAGGGAGGCUAGGAAAGCCGGUUACAACGCAGGCGGGGCGGUGAGUGGGAGCGAGUUUGACGCGAGUCACUUCGUGCCCGACGCGCCUAAUGCUUUCACCAAUGAUGGCUUCCUGCAAGACAACGGUAAAUCUGGAUCAAUGCCAGAUCUCCGUCGUCACCUGGCGAGCCGUCAGUCCAUGAACCUCGGCUACCCACCGCACAUGUUACCACAACCCCCACCGGCGUACUGGCAACACCUUGCUGACAGACAAUACGCUGCCAGUCUCCGGGGCUACCCCAAGUCCUACCAAGCUCCGCAAAUAUACGGAACAUGGGUUGGGCCCAGGUCGGGUCCCUACGACAACCCAUAUAAACGAAGACAUUCCAUAGUUGGUGCGUUCCAAACUGACGAAUACCCACCAAAAGGCUACGAUUACGACGACAGAAUGGAUUGUAAGAGUGAGAUAGCCUAUCCCUACUAUAGGUCUUACCCCUACGAUCCAAGAGUUUACCCGCCCGAUUACGACCCAAGAUUUUACCCCGAAUAUAAAAGGGAGGAUGCGGCGUAUGGUGUUAAUUUGCUAAGACAUGAACCGUAUCAUUUUAGCGGGUCUAGAGAGCGAGUGUUCUAUAGUAUGAGAAAUAGUCACACGUCUGUAGGUAACGAAUCGGAUGAUCUGACUAAAUAUAAGGAUGUUGCUUUGUAAGAAUGUAUAU